GAAAUUAGGGUUUUUAGAAGGUUCAUAUAUUAAUUAUAUUUAUAGUCUCCGAACUCUCGAAUAACAGCUCCCCAGUCUGCUGCUCUCUCCUGCUUGGCUCUGGAAGAGGAUUUGUCUAAUAAUAUAGCCUUCGAAGCGAAGAAGAGCGCAAAAUGGCAAGAGGGUUGAAGAAGCACUUGAAGAGGCUUAAUGCCCCAAAACAUUGGAUGCUUGACAAAUUGGGUGGCGCAUUUGCACCCAAACCAUCAUCUGGACCUCACAAGUCUAGGGAAUGCUUGCCCUUGAUCCUUAUCCUGCGUAACAGGUUGAAAUAUGCUCUCACAUAUCGUGAAGUUAUUGCCAUUCUGAUGCAGCGACAUGUCCUUGUUGAUGCGAAGGUUAGGACGGAUAAAACCUAUCCUGCUGGUUUCAUGGAUGUUGUGUCAAUUCCCAAGACAAAUGAGAACUUCCGUCUCCUUUAUGAUACUAAAGGCCGAUUCCGUCUUCACUCAAUCAGAGAUGAUGAAGCAAAGUUUAAGCUUUGCAAAGUCCGAUCUGUUCAAUUUGGCCAAAAGGGAAUCCCAUACCUCAACACUUAUGAUGGACGUACUAUUAGGUAUCCAGAUCCACUUAUCAAGGCCAAUGAUACAAUCAAGCUCGACCUUGAGAGCAACAAAAUUACUGACUUCAUCAAGUUUGAUGUUGGAAAUGUUGUCAUGGUCACUGGAGGGAGAAACAGAGGACGAGUUGGAGUGAUUAAGAAUAGGGAAAAGCACAAGGGAAGUUUUGAGACUAUUCACGUCCAAGAUGCAACUGGCCAUGAGUUUGCUACUCGCAUGGGCAAUGUCUUCACUAUUGGAAAGGGAACCAAGCCAUGGGUUUCUCUUCCCAAGGGCAAGGGUAUUAAAUUGUCAAUCAUUGAGGAGGCCAGAAAGAGGCUUGCAGCAGCACAAGCGGUUGCAUAAGAGGGGUUGUCUUGGUUGUGUUGCUAGUGGCGAUUGACGAGGGUUAGUUGUUUCAUUUCAUUUUAGGUUCAUGGGAAGACUAAUGCUUUUUAUUUCGGAUUCAUUUACAUGCACAAUUUUGAAACUAUGUGGUAUUUUGAAUUUGUCAAAACUUGUGUUGUUUUGCAGAAAUUUAUGUUAAGAUAUUUAGAUGUGUA